GCUGUGAAUCACACACCCUUUCACCUGUGCUUUGUUUGAAGCAGAGAUUUUCUUUAUUUCUCCUCUAGAAAUGGUGCACUUUUCCCCCUUACCCAUUUUAAUCCUUAGUCAAGGCUUUUGGAGCAGUUUUUCUGAUGUAGUUCUGGGGAGGCUCAGGCGGUGUUGAAAUCCUGUGUCAUAAUUUGAAACAUCAAGUCUCAUGCAAAAAGUGUAGGGUUUAGAGAUUUUUAUAUUAAAGGUCUCACUCCCACCCCCAGUCUUAUAAAAUAUGAUUCACUCAUAUAGUUCACAGAAUCUGUGAUUGUUUUAAUCAGAUUCUCUAACGUUUAUGGAUUUAGGCUCUACACUUAGUAAUUGAGGAUACUGAAGACAUUUAAAGUUAUUUAAAUAUUUUAAGCUUGGAAAAUUCUCUUUGCCUUUGGAACAAAUGGGUGAACAGAAUAGUGAGUUUGAGCGCCCCCUUGUAAAAUUUCUACUCUGAAAUUUUAGCCAAUAGGUUAGCGUAUUGAAAGUUACUGGCCCAAUCACAUACCGUGACACUAAUUUACAUAUCCUCAUCUUUAAUAAACUCCUGCGUUACUCAUCAGAGUUUGCGUCUGCUCAGUUUCUUAACCUGCUCUGUAUAGGGUGAAGAUCUUUACCAGGGCUGCACUGCCAUUUAGUCACAGUGGAAAGGAAUUCCGGCUUCGAAUCUGUUUGGAUCAGCUGCUUUGAAUGGAUUGUAGAUCCGUUCGUUCCUCAGGCUGCAGCAGCAGCAGAAGCAGCAGCAGGACUGGCAGUGGCUGCCGCAGCCCCUUGCUUCCUGAGCCCAUCGCAGGCUUGAAGGCAUUGCUGGCAGUCCAUGCUCGUAGCGGAAGUGUGCAGAUGGGAUUAACGUCCACAUGGAGAUAUGGAAGAGGACGGGGCAUUGGCACCGUAACCAUGGUCAGCUGGGGUCGCUUCAUCUGCCUGGUUGUGGUCACCAUGGCAACCUUGUCCCUGGCCCGGCCCUCCUUCAAUUUAGUUGAAGAUACCACGUUAGAGCCGGAAGAGCCACCAACCAAAUACCAAAUCUCCCAACCAGAAGUUUACGUGGCUGUGCCCGGGGAGUCACUAGAGUUGCGCUGCCUGUUGAGAGAUGCCGCCAUGAUCAGUUGGACUAAGGAUGGGGUACACUUGGGGCCCAGCAAUAGGACAGUGCUUAUUGGGGAAUACUUGCAGAUAAAAGGUGCCACGCCUAGAGAUUCCGGCCUCUAUGCUUGUACUGCUGCUAGGACUGUAGACAGUGAGACUGUCUACUUCAUGGUGAAUGUCACAGAUGCCAUCUCAUCCGGCGAUGACGAGGAUGACACAGAUGGCUCCGAGGAUUUUGUCAGUGAGAACAGUAACAGCAAGAGAGCACCAUACUGGACCAACACAGAAAAGAUGGAAAAACGGCUGCAUGCCGUCCCUGCAGCCAAUACUGUCAAGUUUCGCUGUCCAGCUGGGGGGAAUCCAACACCAACUAUGAGGUGGCUGAAAAACGGGAAAGAAUUUAAGCAGGAGCAUCGCAUCGGAGGCUAUAAGUUCAGUUCCUUGAAUCACUCAAGUGCUUGUGAAGGCUCUGCUGGUAUUAUCGGUUUUUAUGUGAUUAAGGCAGAAAACACUCGCAGUGCUCAGAGAAUCAUUCAGAAGGUACGAAACCAGCACUGGAGCCUCAUUAUGGAAAGCGUGGUCCCAUCCGACAAAGGGAAUUAUACCUGUGUGGUAGAGAAUGAGUAUGGCUCCAUCAAUCACACCUACCACCUCGACGUCGUUGAGCGAUCGCCACACCGGCCCAUCCUCCAAGCUGGACUGCCAGCAAAUGCCUCCACCGUGGUCGGAGGUGACGUGGAGUUUGUCUGCAAAGUUUACAGUGAUGCCCAGCCCCACAUCCAGUGGAUCAAACAUGUGGAAAAAAACGGCAGUAAAUACGGGCCUGAUGGGCUGCCCUACCUCAAGGUUCUGAAGCACUCGGGGAUAAAUAGUUCCAAUGCAGAAGUGCUGGCUCUGUUCAAUGUGACUGAGGCGGAUGCUGGGGAGUAUAUAUGUAAGGUCUCCAAUUAUAUAGGGCAGGCCAACCAGUCUGCCUGGCUCACUGUCCUGCCAAAACAGCAAGCUCCCGUAAGAGAAAAGGAGAUUACAGCUUCCCCAGACUACCUGGAGAUAGCCAUUUACUGCAUAGGGGUCUUCUUAAUCGCCUGUAUGGUGGUGACGGUCAUCCUGUGCCGAAUGAAGACCACGACCAAGAAGCCGGACUUCAGCAGCCAGCCGGCUGUGCACAAGCUGACCAAGCGCAUCCCCUUGCGGAGACAGGUUUCUGCCGAGUCCAGCUCCUCCAUGAACUCCAACACCCCGCUGGUGAGGAUAACAACACGCCUCUCCUCAACAGCAGAUACCCCCAUGCUGGCAGGGGUCUCUGAGUACGAACUGCCGGAAGAUCCAAAAUGGGAGUUUCCAAGAGAUAAGCUGACGCUGGGCAAACCUCUGGGGGAAGGUUGCUUUGGGCAAGUGGUCAUGGCUGAAGCAGUGGGAAUCGACAAAGAGAAGCCCAAGGAAGCAGUCACUGUGGCCGUGAAGAUGUUGAAAGAUGAUGCCACAGAGAAGGACCUUUCUGAUCUAGUAUCAGAGAUGGAGAUGAUGAAAAUGAUUGGAAAACACAAAAAUAUCAUAAAUCUUCUCGGAGCCUGUACUCAGGAUGGCCCCCUCUACGUCAUAGUUGAGUAUGCCUCGAAAGGUAACCUCCGUGAAUACCUCCGAGCCCGGAGGCCGCCUGGGAUGGAGUACUCCUAUGACAUUAACCGUGUUCCCGAGGAGCAGAUGACCUUCAAGGACUUGGUGUCCUGCACCUACCAGUUGGCCAGAGGCAUGGAGUACCUGGCCUCCCAAAAAUGUAUUCAUCGAGAUUUAGCAGCCAGAAAUGUUUUGGUAACAGAAAACAAUGUGAUGAAAAUAGCAGACUUUGGACUGGCCAGAGAUAUCAACAAUAUAGACUAUUACAAAAAGACCACAAAUGGGCGACUUCCCGUCAAGUGGAUGGCUCCAGAAGCUCUUUUUGAUCGAGUGUACACCCAUCAGAGUGAUGUCUGGUCCUUCGGGGUGUUGAUGUGGGAGAUCUUCACGUUAGGGGGCUCGCCUUACCCAGGGAUUCCCGUGGAGGAACUUUUUAAGCUGCUUAAGGAAGGACACAGGAUGGACAAGCCGGCAAACUGCACCAACGAACUGUACAUGAUGAUGAGGGACUGUUGGCAUGCAGUGCCCUCCCAGAGACCGACGUUCAAGCAGUUGGUGGAAGACUUGGACCGAAUUCUCACUCUCACAACCAAUGAGGAAUACUUGGACCUCAGUCAGCCUCUCGAACAGUAUUCUCCUAGUUACCCUGACACAAGGAGUUCAUGUUCUUCAGGAGAUGAUUCUGUUUUCUUGUGUUACGACCCAUGCCUUCCUCAGUAUCCACACAUAAACGGCAGUGUUAAAACAUGAAUGAGCUUGUCUGCCUGUCCCCAAAUAGGACAGCACCAGGAACCUAGCUACACUGAGCAAGGAGGCCAUGCCUCCAGGAGCUUGUCUCCGCUUGUAUAUAUGGAUCAGAGGAGUAAAUAAUUGGAAAAGUAAUCGGCACACAUGUAAAGAAUUUAUACAGUUGGAACUUGUAAUCUUCACCAGGAGAAGAAGAAUGUUUCUGGGGCAAUGAACUGCCAUGGGCCCCCACGAGCCCAUGACCCAAUGUGGGUACUGGCUGUGGACCAGCCGGACUCAAGGCAAACAUAUGUUCUGCCUUCCUUGUGAAUUUUGUAAUAAUUGGAGAAAAUAUAUGUCAGCACACACUUACGGAGCACAAUUGCAGUACAUAGGUGCUGGAUGUAUGUAAAUAUAUUCAAAUUAUGUAUAAAUAUAUAUUAUAUAUUUACAAGGAAUUAUUUUUUGUAUUGAUUUUAAAUGGAUGUCUCAAUGCACCUAGAAAAUUGGUCUCUGUUUUUUUAAUAGCUAUUUGCUAAAUGCUGUUCUUACACAGAAUUUCUUAAUUUUCACCAAGCAGAGGUGGAAAAGUACUUUUGCUUUCAGGGAAAAUGGUAUAACAUUAAUUUAUUAAUGAAUUGGUAAUAUACAAAACAAUUAAUCAUUUAUAGUGUUUUUUUGUAAUUUAAGUGGCAUUUCUAUGCAGGCAGCGCAUCAGACUAGUUAAUCGAUUGCUUGGACUUAACUAGUUAUCAGAUCCUUUGAAAAGAAAUAUUUACAGGAUGUGACUAAUUUGCGGAAAGUGAAAUUUUGAUUUAUUUGUGUUUAAACUCUGCUGUCAGAUAAUUGUUCUUAAACCAUCUAAAUGCCCAUAUUAAAAGAACCCAUUAAUAAGAAGGUGUUUGUUUGGGUAUGCAGCUCUGUCGUUGGGCCCCUGUAAGGUUGAACAGGACUUCUCAAGACAAAUGGUACCAGCGUCCUCUUAAAAAAGAUGCCUUAAUCCGUUCCUUGAGGAUGGACCUUAGUUGAGAGGAUAGCAGAAUGUACUUCUCUCUGGCAGCUGGCCUUCUGCCCCUGAGUUGAACAUUAAUCAGAUUAGCCUGUAUUCUCUUCACUGAAUUUUGAUAAUGGCUUCCAGAUUCAUUGGCAGUGGAGAAGCCUUUUAGGAUCUUCACGUCUCAUCAUAGAAAAUUGAAACACUGAGUCGUUCUGCUGAUAGUUGUGGGGAUCCUUCCAUCUUUUUAGGGAUUGCUUCCGUCUAAUUCUGGCAGGACCUCACCAACAGAUCUGGCCUAAUACCAAUGUCAGACAGAAUAUCGUCAUGUUGUUCGUUCUGUUUUAAAGUAUUGUGUUUUGCUUUCAAAACACCUACUCACUUUCUUAUAGCCAUGCAACAUGAAUGCAGAUUACACUGAUUUUACGUGUUACGAAAUUGGAGAAAGUAUUUAAUAAAACCUGUUAAUUUUUAUACUGACAAUAAAAAUGUUUCUACAGAUAUUAAUGUUAACAAGACAAAAUAAAUGUCAUGCAGCUUAUCUUUUUAA